UUGUAAAUGUGGGAAUUAUGUCCGUUCGAGUAGUAACUGUUAUUUUGAUUAGUACUGCAGGUGCUGCUCUGGUAAGACUGGCGUAACGAUUCAUUUUAAAGGAUGUUCAAUCCCGUUGUUUGUUUUUACUAUCUUCUCUGACUUUUAAAAGCGGUCGACAAAAAAGACGAUACAAAAUUAGAGCUAUUCAGCGAAAGGAUGAGUUGUAUUGAAUUUACUGAGCCAGUAGUGUUUGCUGCACAAGUUGCCAGUGCGUUCUAUGAUACCGGACUGCUGAUGGUGGUGAAAGAACGUUACAAUGUGACUUCCAGCAACUCCUCGCUUACCAACUCCACGGACCAUGGAGACAACGAGCAGCAGACGGCGGUGUCAGAUUUCCUCAUGAUCUACAGUAUGAUCUCAGGGUUUGUCCCGUUCCUGCCGGCUUUCUUCCUGGCAAGGCUUGGGGACAAAAGGAACAGAAAGAUCCCUAUAUGUGUACCCCUUGUGGGCUACAUGCUCUCCAGAUUGAUGCUGCUCUUUGUUAUUCUUCUCCAGUGGUCUGUCAAAGUGAUGUUUGGGGCAGCUGUUGUGUACGGUUUGUUUGGGGGGUUUUCUUCUUAUUGGGCUGGGGUCAUGGCUUUAGCAUCAGCAGGCUCAGAUGAAACUCAGAGGUCCAUUCGAUUGAUAAGAAUUGAGUUGGUCUAUGGAAUAGCUGGCUUUAUUGGCAGCAUCUCAUCUGGUCACAUCUUCAAUAUGUUUCUUGUUUCACAACAUCAAGGUGUUAUGCUGGUGGGGAUCAGUGUUUUUUUGUACAUCUUUUGUUGGUCCUACAGCAUUUCUGUUUUGAAGGUAACCAGUACUGAGAGCACACCAGCAAUACUCCCCCAUGAUCAAACGGCAGUCAACUUUGGUACAACUGGACCUGACAAUGCACCCACAGUAGCAGAUGGGUCAUCGACUUCUGGCACGUUUGACUUGAUCAGCAUUGUGCUUUUGUUUGCUGGUGCUAUAUUGUACGACGUGUCAGUGUCAGGAGCCAUGGAUAUCUUACCAUCCUUUGUCAUAAAGGAACCCCUGAGCUGGGGAGCUGAACAGAUUGGCUAUGGGAAUGCAGCCGGCUUUGUGAUUUUCAUCACCAGUUUCCUGGGAGUGUAUGUAUUCUCCAAGUGUUUAAGGGACACCACCAUGAUCAUCAUUGGGAUGGUGUCAUUUGGGACUGGGAUACUGGUCAUGGCGUUUGUGCGAAAGACCUACAUGUUCUACAUUGCUCGAGCUUUGAAUCUGUUUGCCUUGAUUCCAAUGCCUACCAUCCGGUCACUGCUGUCCAAACAAGUCCAAGGCUCAUCAUAUGGCAAAAUGUUCAUUUUGCUCCAGAUUUCGUUCACCAUCGCCAGUGUGGCCACCUCACCCAUUUUCACCAAGAUUUACCAAGCCACCCUUGUCUGGUUCGUUGGAUUCUGCUUCAUUUUGUCUUACAUUCUCAGCAUUUUAGCCAUCAUUCCUAUUUGCAUUGUGGGAUACCGGACAGGGAGACAUGGCUACACACGUCUUCCAAGCAACUGAGAAUGCGCUUUCCCUCCCUCACAUACUGUGCUUGGCAUUUACCCCGUAACUAACCCUAACACUGCUGUUUGUGAAGUUUGCAGUUGUAUACAAAUGUGUUGCAUUUGUUUUUGUGUUUUUUUGCUUAAAAUGCUAUAUUGACUUAUACAGUAUAUUACUGUAAACCUACAUUUUGUAUUUUACCAAAAACAAUGCUUCCACCCUAAGAGUGGCAGAGCUGUACUUCAGGUUUCGUUACAAUUGAGCGAUUGUUAAAGACGGAGCACAGCUACGUUCCUGGGUAUGUUUUGUAAACGACAUAUUACAAUAAAGCAACACCCAAGCUUGAUAUCUGUAAAUGUGUCUAAUUAUCAGACUCAAAAGCUGGAGUGGCUCAAUAGCUUAUA